GUUGGUUUUGAAACUUUAGACGAAGACGCCAGACAGCGGCAAUUUAGAGAGGGAAACCCCAACCCAAUCAAGAAAGUAACCCCACCAUCUCCCAGAAAGAGUUUUUGGAAUCCAAAACCCCGCUCCUCGACCGCUCUUCUCUACUUCUUCGCCACACCGCCACCUUCCAUUUUCUCCUUAUCGCCGUCGUCUAUUCAAUUUUGAAUUUGAAUUUGAGCUUUACGCCUCCUUUCGUCCCCCGGUGAUUCUCUAGGGUUCGGGAAGAACCCCUGCAUUUUCCUGAUUCCAGUGUUGACUUUUGCGCGCUUUGGAUUGCUGUCUUUGAUGUGAUUUGGGUUGGGAAGAUGAUGUUGUCCAGAGUGGAGAAUGGGAAAAAGACUAGGGAGGAAGCAGGGGAGGAGAAUCUGUUGAAUGAUUUGCAAACUAUAAGUAAAGCUUUGUACCUUGACAAACAUAAACCAUCGAGGACGUUACUACCCACGGCUAGUAGCCUAGCAAAAGCAGCUGGGAAGCCGCCUGCGCUCGAUCCCAGAUCGAAGCUCAAGCCUGGGGCUGGGGUGGCGGUGGCUAAUGAAGACUUGUCGCGCAAGGACAAGAAGUCCAUAUGGAACUGGAAGGCGUCGUUGAAGGCGCUUUCUGGGGUUAAGAACCGGAAGUUCAAUUGUUGUUUCUCGCUACAAGUCCAUUCGAUUGAAGGGUUUCCUUCGAGUUUUGAUGGGGUGAGCUUGUGUGUGAACUGGAAGAGGCGGGAUGGGGAGCUGGUGACGAGUCCUGUGAAAGUGUUUGAAGGUGUUGCGGAUUUUGAACAGAAGUUGACACACACUUGUCUGGUUUACGGGAGUCGUAGUGGUCCCCAUCAUUCGGCAAAGUAUGAGGCGAAGCAUUUCUUGCUGUUUGCAUCCGUGUUUGGUAUGCCUGAGGUUGAUUUGGGGAAGCACAGGGUUGAUCUUACGAGGUUACUUCCUCUCACGUUGGAGGAGUUGGAUGAAGAGAAAAGCUCUGGGAAGUGGACUACAAGUUAUAAGUUGUCAGGAGAGGCUAAGGGUGCAGUGAUGAAUGUGAGUUUUGGUUAUACAGUUGUUGGUGAGAGCUUGACUGGAAAUGGUCUGAACGCUCCUGAGUCAGCAAGUAUGAAAAGGAAUAAUCUGGCAACAGCAAAAACAAUGCCCAAAAUGGGCCAAGCUGAAGGGAGGGUUGCCUUGCGUCGUCAUGAGAGUCUUACCACCACUUCUAACUCGCAGCUUACUGCCAAAUCUCGGUCUCCAGCAAAGGCAAAAGAUCUUCGUGAAUUUAUAACUCACAAAAAACUUGAAGUUGAAGCAGCAGGAAACAUGAUGAAUGAGAGGUCUGAAGAGGAAAAGUUGGAUGCUUCCGCCAGAGAAAACAUACCUGAUAACCUGCAGAUUCCUUCCGUAUCCGAAUCUAGCAAACCAUAUGCUGAAAGUGAAAAUGACAAUAGUGAAGUUUCUCUCGUUGAAGACAGGAAGGAGUUGCCGAAUGAGAACAAGACAACCGAGGACCUUACGUUGAAGGAUGAUGGCUUCCCUACUGCAGAAACUGGAUCUGAUACCAAUCUUCAGGCAGUGCCUGAAGAGAGUAUUAAUCUUCAUGAUGAGGGCACAGGAAAGAAUGAUCAUAAUAAAGAUGAACCUUUGACCUGUGAUUCGGAAUCUGAUGACGAUCUAUGCUCAAAAGAAUCUGUUAUGAAAGAACUAGAAUCCAUGUUAAAUAGUGUUUCAAAAUUGGAAACUGAAGCACUUGACUCUUCUGAUGAAAAGGAGAACUAUAGAGAACCCGAAACAGACUAUCAAGCAGACAAGAAUGAAAAUUCAGUUAACCCGGAUGAUGCAGAAGAUAUUGCGAAUGAGUUUUUAGAUAUGUUGGGAAUUGAGCAAAGUCCAUUUGGGUUGAGUACUGAGAGUGAACCUGAGUCCCCAAGGGAGCUAUUGUUAAGGCAGUUUGAGAACGAUGCCUUGGCUGGUGGGUUUUCUUUGUUUGACUAUAAUGCAGAGGAUUGGGAUCAGAUGGAGAGUAGCUAUGAUGGAUUGAUGGAGCAAGGACAGUCUACAGCUGGGUUUGAUCUGUCAUCAUUUAUCGAUGAUGCAGAAGAAGAAAAUGACAUGGGAACUCACCCUAUGGAUAGCAAGAUUAGGGCCAAGAUCUUAGAGGAUGUUGAGACAGAGGCUUUAAUGCAUGAAUGGGGCUUGAAUGACAAGACAUUUCAGUGUUCUCCACCUAAGAAUUGUGGUGGUGCCUUUGGGGCUCAAAUUGAUUCAUCUCCAGACGACCCACUUGAAUUACCUGCUCUUGCUGAAGGUUUAGGCCCAUUUCUCCAAACAAAGAAUGGUGGAUUUGUACGUUCUAUGAAUCCUUCACUUUUCGAGAGUGCCAAAGCUGGCGGGAGCUUGAUCAUGCAGGUUUCUAGCCCUGUUGUGGUGCCUGCAGAGAUGGGCUCUGAUGUUGCAGACAUACUCCAGCAACUGGCUUCGGCUGGAAUUGAAAAGCUGUCUAUGCAGGCAAAUAAGUUAAUGCCUUUGGAGGAUAUCACUGGGAAAACAAUGCGGCAAGUUGCUUGGGAAGCCGCAUGUGCUUUAGAGGGACCUGAAAGGCAGAAUACAUUCCCGCAGAAGAAGUAUGAUACAGGGCGUGAGUGGUCUUCACAUGGGCAAGAGAACGUUGCGGGGAGGAAAAGUGCUCAACGUAGAGCCGCUAGUACUAAGUCCAAUUCUGGCUCAAAAGGAAAUGACUCCGGCUUAGAGUAUGUAUCUCUUGAAGACCUUGCACCUUUAGCUAUGGAUAAGAUUGAAGCACUCUCAAUGGAGGGAUUGAGAAUACAGUCUGGUGUUUCGGCUGAGGAGGCACCCUCGAACAUCUCUGCACACUCCAUAGGAGAGAUCUCAACUCUCCAGGGCAAGGCUGGUAUUAAUGCUUCUGGGUCCCUUGGUCUGGAGGGAGCUGCUGGUUUGCAAUUGAUGGAGGUAAAAGAAAAUGAUGAUGGUGAUGUUGACGGGUUAAUGGGUCUUUCCUUAACUCUUGACGAAUGGAUGCGCCUGGACUCCGGUGACAUUGGCGAUGAAGAAGAUCAAAUAAGCGAACGGACUUCCAAGAUACUCGCGGCACACCAUGCCAACUCAUUAAACACGCUGCGUGGUAGGUCCAAGGGAGACAACAGAAAGCGUGGCAAAAAGUGUGGUUUGCUUGGGAACAACUUUACUGUAGCGUUAAUGGUACAACUUCGUGAUCCUCUGAGAGACUUUGAGCCUGUAGGGACGCCGAUGCUUGCUCUUAUUCAAGUAGAGCGGGUUUUCAUCCCACCAAAGCCGAAAAUUUACUGCAAGGUGGCAGAGCUAAGGAAUAAUAGCAAUGACGAGGACGAGUCUGAGGAUGAGUCGAUUACAUCGAAUGCCGCACAUAAGGAUAAAGCAGGUGGUGAAGUGGAAGGAAUACCCAAGUUCCAAAUCUCUGAAGUACACGUCGCGGGUCUGAAGACCGAGCCUGAGCCUGACAAGAAGAAGCCCUGGGGUACAGCUUCGCAGCAACAGGCCGGUUCUCGUUGGCUGCUCGCUAAUGGAAUGGGCAAGGGAGGUAAAAAUUCGUUUAUGAAGUCGAAAGCUGCAAGCUCGGGUGAUAGUCUGUGGAGCGUAUCGUCUAAGGGGGACAAAUUGAAACAACUGGGAGCAGCAAACCAGCAUAAGAGGAACCCGAAUCUAGUCUUGCCUAGUAAAAAACAAUCGAGCUGGUUCAAGUAAGUAGCCGUAAUCUCCCUGGUGAUCUGCAGCCAUCGCAGGUUGUGCAUUGCACAGAGAGAAGCUGCAGAGUCCUUUCUACCAGGUAGUGUUUUUUUGUUUUUGUUUUUGUUUUGCCUUAACAGAUCUCAUGUAGAAAAGGCUUGUGAUCAAAUGAUCAGAUCAUCUUUCGUUCCUAGGCUAGUAUGUAGGAAUGUGCACAGAUGGGUUUACUGGUUUCAUUUUGGGUGUCUUCCUCCUGUGAAUUCACAGAUUUUGUAGGCUAUGUUAUACAGAGUGCUAUUGCAUUUUUCCUUCUGUUUGUUUUUCUGGGUACAAAUUAUUCCCUUUUUUUCUUCAUCCUUACGAACAUCCACCUGUUGCCUUUAAUUUUGCCACUUCAGGC